CUCGGAUCCAAAGAAAUACCAUUUAUCAGUCUCCUAAGUAAAUCUCUCUUCGGUUUGUUGGUGCAUCCGUCGGAUUCCACAGUGGUUUACGCAACACCGCCGUUAGCCGAUGCUAUAAGCUGGCCUUGGAUAAAUCUGAUUGGAAUGAGUCUUGAGAAUUUGAUAGACGACGGAAAAAUGCCAUCGAAACCGGGAGAGACGGUACGGUUAAGAAUACUCGAACAAACAGGCUCACCUUCAAAGAACGCCGCUCAUUUGACCAAUCAUAAUCGUCCGACAACUCCAUUGCGUUCACCGUCACAUUCACCAAAUUCGACAGUCUCGAAUUCGACUAAUUCUGGUGGUGAUCAAGCCUCAUCACUGUGGUCCCCACACCUCUACAGAAGCAGUAAUAAUGGAAUAUCCAGUGCGGCCUCUGGAGCGCAAUUUCCUACAUCAACUGGAUGCGGUAAAACGGUCCCCUAUUUACUAUGUUCGUGUUUUGCGAUCCUGCGAGUGCCAAUCACAAGGUCAGAAGAAAUGAGACAGAGUUCUUCUGCUGAUAGGAACUCGACUGCAACCUCGCCAAGUACACACUUGAACUUGUAUCUCCUCCAGCCCACUCCCAACCUCUGCUUACUCAAAGAUAACUCAGAAAACGCUUCCACGUGCUCCCUAUUAGGCCUAUCCCAACUAGGAAAGGCGACGUCUUCAAUUCCAUUAUCAAUGAGUUCCCCUGCAUCUACCUCAUCUUUUCAUCGAAGCAAAGAACGCUAUUUUUUGAAUCGUCAACGACGUCUCUUGAUGCAAAAUCCUCCCUCGAACCCUGCUUCCGAAGAUGAAAUUGUAACGCCUCGGCACCUAUUCUGCACAGUUCUUGAUCAGAAUCUCAAUGUAAAGUGGAUUGAAAACAGUGGCAAUAUCAAAGCAAGCAUUUUUUCAUCCAUGACUGGCCAAUCUUUCCUUGACUUUGUCUCUCUGGAUGACCUUCAGACAGUGAGCAAAUUGCUCACAGAAUGUAAGUCGCAUAUUAUGUCAUAUCCGAUAAUUCGUAAUGACACCAUUUAUUUAUUUCAAAUGGCAGGCGUUUUGAUAGUUAUCAUUAGCCCUUUAGCUGACUAG